AUGGGUGACAUGGAGCAAGAGGACAUUUCACCCGAAAAACUGAAGCUGCUGGAAACUCUUGACAGGGAUGCUAAAGAGCAAGAUCUGUCUCAGGGAGAGGUCGCCGAAGGUGGACCGGCAAAACGCACGAGAGCAGCUACACGUAAACAGCAAGCGUCAGUAGUCGGAGUGGAUCGAGGAAAGAAGAGGCGAGGGGAUGAAGAAGGCCUUGAGUCUGCCCCAUCAACCAAGAAACGUUCAGGAAAUGCCAUACAAGUUCCAGCCACUCCACCACGCCAACAGUCUAAAGCCAAACCUCCGUCGCCAGCCAACCACGACCAUGAGAUUUUUCCACAAACGCCCAGGAAGCCGCACCCAAUAGCCACUCCGAUAUCCCCGGCAUCUCCAGCUUCCAGUUUAGCAUCCUCGAGCGAACACGCACACCUGCGUCCAGCCGAUGUAUCACCUAUUAUCAUCAAUCGCGCGCCCGUGCUUUGUUUAUGGGCAGCCAGUGUUGCCGAUCGAGAAGGUUGGGAAUGGAAGACGUGCUUAUCGAUUGGAAAAGCCAUCACAACCAUGUUUGCACAAUCUAAAGGGAAAUCUCUUGGCAUUUUUGAAAAAGAACAAGGGAGCAGGCAUGCAAAGAACGAGGGUGACGACGACGGCAAGGUCAAUGUCUUUGGCACAAGGUUGACCGUUGUGCAAAAGCCCUCCGGGCCAAGAGCGGAACUGGAUGGUAAAAUAUUUGACCCUGUCGAAACAGAGUGGUAUUUGCGCGACAAGUUUGGUGCGCGCUAUGAAGAUGCCCGACGCGCUUUCAAACAUCUCGCUCACCAAUUUCCACCCGAAUCCAUCGGCAGUUGCGGAUACCGUCUGUACGAGCAAUUUCGACCCGUGGUGUCCAGCGGAGUCAAAGGUUGGGGGAAGGCCGGCGAGUUGGAUUUGAAUCUUGUCAUGAAAUUAGGAGCGUGUCGCGACAGCCUUUGA